UGGUUUCUUACGCCACGUCAUCUUUUCCCUCCUCUCUUUCUGGCAGCCGCAGCCGCAGCCGCAGCCACAGCCCGCAGCCGCCCUUGUCAGAUCGGGGCUUCUCCCUCCUCAUGGCCACAAUCUCCUACAUCCAUAUCCACUAUAACACCAAUUCUUUUGACAUUUUUAUCCUUUAUCUCUCAUUUGAAAUUCCCAAUUGGCUCACCUUCUAGACACGUGUACGCUAGUGCUUGUUUCACUUGCGGAAUCAGUUUUAUAGAAUAUAAUGAUAUGAAAUUAUUGAAGCAGCUGAUAAAGAUUAGAGGAAGGACAUUCCCAUUAGGAGUUGGAAGAUGGAACCAAUAUUUUCUCUGUAAUUCCAUCACUUUCUUUCUCAGUUGGAGGAGAGAGAGAGAGAGAGACAGAGAGAGAGAGGGGAAAACGAAUUCGGGUUUCUACAUUCCAACUGUGGCUUUGAAGGUAUCCACAUUAUACUUUCUGCAGAGCCGUGCCUUUUUGAAUCUCCUCUUGUAUUCCAAGUUUCAGCGUCAAGUUUUUCUUUUAAUUUUUUGGGUCGAUUCAAUGCUUGCUUGAUCAUGGGAAUGGACUUGUAAUAAAACCCAGAAAAAGAAAUAAAGGAAAAGCUUGAGAGGAAAGAACCAUUCACUAUGGCUGUGGCAUUUACCAAUCUCUCAUGGUGGUUAUGGAGUGGAAAGCACCGGGAGCCUAGAAUCUCAAAUGCAUCUUCUUUAAAUGCCAGACCUGAUGCAGACUUGUGGGAAUCAGAUACUUUGAAAUUUCCUUUUGCUCGGGGGGCUAAUAUGGCUUCCUCAUCUAGGAGGGUUAAGCGAAAAUGGCAUAGCCGGGAAGAGAGGAAAAUUGAUAGGGAAUAUGAUGUUGUUAUUGUGCCAUCUGAUGGUGGCUGUGUUUCAGGGUCUGAGUCUGAUGAUUCAGAUUAUUCCAUUGGAUGGUUGGAGCCUCAUGGACCUGAAUUCCCGAGUGAUGAUGACACAGAUAACAGUUUUGCUGUAUUGGUCCCAUGUUAUGGGCGUGCUCAAGACAAAGUAUUUGAGAAUUCAAAGAACAAUAUGUUUGGUGCCAUUCUCAACGUUAAAGAUGGUUACUCUGAUGAGAGCAAAAAGUAUAUGGAGAAGUGGCUCUCUUCGCUCCAGAACAGCUGACAUUUAGUGCAACCAAUAGUUGCACGUAGGCCUUUCUUUAGCUGCUCUUACGGCUGCAGGAUCCUCCGGAAGAAUCUGUCCUGUUGAUUUAACAUGGAAAUAUUUUGUAUAAAGAUUAAAGAUAUAGCGGAAGAUAUAAAAGUGAAAAGACCACCCCACCUCCCCACAAAAAAAAAAAAAAGAAAAAGAAAAAGAAAAAGAAAAAAGCGGCAGUUAAGUGGCAUGGUUGAUUGAUUGUUGCUGAAGGGGAUUGGCUAAUGUUCUGUCCCAGCUAGUAUUAAUAUUCUACGAGCAGAAACUGCUAAAGAUGAAGGAAGGAUAAUGGUCUGAGAACUAGAAGUAAUAGGUUAUUGGCUUCUUAAAUAAUUGCUCGACUUGGAACGAGUUUUUUCCUGCUGUCAUCAACACAAACCCA